ACCGCGGCCGCGCCUCACGGCGUCCCGCGCCGCCCGCCGCGUUAGAGCCGCCGCCAUGGGCUCGCACCUGCCGCCGCGCCCCGAGCCCCAGCUGGUGCUGCAGCUGGCGGCCGGGGCUCUGCAGGCGCAGAACUUGGAGGCGCCCGGCGGCGGCCUGGGGCCCGAGUGGCAGGUGCUGCUCGGGCGGGCGGACGCACUGGCCUUCGGCGGGCGGCUGCACGAGGCGCUGCCGCUGUACCAGCUGGCGUCCCGCCACCAGCAGCUGCGCGCCGAGCAGCUGGAGAAGCUGGUGGAGUGCCUGGCGCAGAGCGUCCGGAUCAAAGAGGGACUGCCCGCCGCCGGGCAGCCCGCGGCACCCCGCGAGUGGGACGUCUUCAGGUGCCGCAAAUGCCAGGGCUUCCUCUUCGAGCCCGUUUCCUUGCCUUGCGGACACACGUUCUGCAAAAAGUGCCUGGAGAGGGACCGGGCGCCCGAGCCCCGCUGCGUCCUGUGCAAGGAGGCGGGCGGCGCGGCGGCCGGGCAGCUCCUGCGGGUCAAUGUCAUCCUCAGCAACCUGCUGACCAAGUGGUUCCCCUGCCAAGUGAAGGCUUCGCAGCUCCGGCACGAAGGGAACCUCCUCUACAAGGAGAAGAAGCUCCAAGCCGCCCUGCAGAAGUACAACGAAGCGGUCAGCCUAGCUCCAAAUGACCACUUACUAUAUAGCAACCGGUCCCAGAUUAACUCCACUUUGAAAGCUUGUGAAGAUGCAUUGCAUGAUGCAGAAACAGCAUGCAGGCUCCAGCCGUACUGGUUGAAAGGUCACCUAAGGAAAGGACAAGCAUUAGCUAAUCUGGGGAAAACAGAAGAAGCUUUAAGGGAGUUUCUAUUCUGCCUUGCUCUAGAUACUGGGAACAAGACAGCCAAGUCUGAGGCACAAAAGCUUCUACUUAGUUUGUUUUCACUCAUCCCGGGAAAUGCUCAGGAACACUUACCCGAUAUCCUGCAGCUGUUGUCACAUCACUCUAGAUUAAAGGGGAAUCUCCUAAAUUCAGUGGGAUCUGGAGGCACCAGCCAUAACCUACAAAGGUUGCUCAAGGUCAAUGUGGAACAGAAAAAGGGUUUUUCCAUUCAAGAGGAACCAAAUGUAACUACUUCUGGUAGUUUGAGGAAACCUAUACAAAUUACAGAGAGCAAAAAGGACUGCUCAGAGGAGGAGAACAAAUUCACCUCCAUGCCAGAGUCUACUUUUCUCCUCUCUGAGAAAUGCAGCCUCCUGAAAAGGAAGUGCUGCUCAGAGGAGAUGAGAAAUGCUGAGGUGCCCUGCAAGCUGAUGAAGAAAGACAUAGUUGAUAUUAGGGAAAAUAGUACUGGACAACAUAUUCCAUUUGAAGUUGUGGAUCCGUCAGAUUUGGACUGCUCCCUGUGUAUGAGGCUCUUCUAUGAACCUGUCACUACACCUUGUGGACACACCUUCUGUCUCAAAUGUCUGGAGAGAUGCCUGGAUCACAACCCAAAAUGUCCCCUGUGCAAGGAAGGGCUCUCAGAGUGCUUGGCUAUGAGGAAAUAUUGUAAAACAGUGCUAAUGGAGGAGCUAAUAGCCAGAUAUCUUCCAGAAGAACUCACUGAAAGGAGAAAGAUUUAUGAAGAGGAAAUAGCAGAGCUUUCCAACCUAAAUAAGAAUGUUCCCAUAUUUGUGUGCACCAUGGCCUAUCCCACAGUGCCCUGUCCUUUGCACAUCUUCGAGCCCUGCUACCGGCUGAUGAUCCGCAGGUGCAUGGAGACGGGCACCAGACAGUUUGGGAUGUGCAUCAGCGACCCUGUCAAGGGGUUUGCAGAUUAUGGCUGCAUUCUGGAGAUAAGAAAUGUUGAAUUCUUUGCUGAUGGUCGCUCUGUUGUAGACAGCAUUGGCAAGAGGAGAUUUAAGGUGAUCCAGCACAGCCAGCGUGAUGGAUAUAAUACAGCAGAUAUUGAGUACAUUGAGGAUCAAAAGGUGCAAGGACAGGAGUAUGCUGCAUUACUUGUUCUCCAUGACUCUGUCUAUGAUCAGGCCUAUACGUGGUUUAACUCCCUCAAGCAAGCACUCAAAAGUCGAAUUCUCAGUCAUUUUGGUCCAAUGCCAGCUAAGGAUCCUGACCCACAGGCAAACCCCAACGGGCCAGCGUGGUGCUGGUGGGUCCUGGCUGUGCUGCCCCUGGAGAACAGAGCCCAGCUGCCCUUCCUGGCCAUGCAGUCGCUGCGGGAGCGCCUGAGCGGCAUCCGCCGCGUGCUGACCUUCAUGGCGCGCGCCCGGGCGCGGUGACGGCCGGCGCCAGAGCUGGGCAGCUCCCACUGCCCCCUGUCACUCCAGCUAACUGCAAUAAUGUCUUACAGAUCUGAGUGUGUCAGGAUGCUUCAAGCCCUGAGUUUCAAAGAGAAUGACUUAUAAAAGAGCAGGGGAUUUAUGGAUACUUCAAUAGUUUCCAUUCGGAACAGAGACGAGUAUUCAAUCGCUGCACUGCUAAAUUCAUAACAAAUGUGAUAGAACAAAAAGUGAUCUUGUUUGCCAUAAACCUUUUAAAAAUCUUAAGGGUUUUUUUUAAUUUAUUUUAUUUUUAUUUUUUAGUGGAUAAAGGAUAAACUGUGCAGUUUAAUGUGAAGCAGAAAUAAUAAGGUUGAUGCGUUAUUUCAGUGAACUGCAAAGUCUUUUAUUCAAAUGGUUCAGGUUUUAUAUAGCAUUGUGUAAAAUAAUGUUCACAACUUCUGUUUGAUAAUUUAUUUUUGCACUAUGAUUUUUUUGUUUCAAAAUGUAUAUUAUUUAUGUGUUCAUUCACUAAAGGAAAGUGAGCUGCUCUAUUUAUAGUGUUUUUACCCUGUAUUUAUGACUGGGGACAAAAAUUAUGAUUCUUGCAGUGCACAAGCAACUGCUUUGAUAAUUUUUCAGUUAUUUGUGUUCAAAUACUUUGAAUGUUUUUCUACUCAUCCCCAGUUCUGCUGUAGCUUAAGAAUGCCCCCAAAACAUCCUGCCUUGAAGUCUUUGAAUACACAGAUUGUCUGAGUUAAUUCAAGCACAGCUGUUAAAGGUUCAUCCUAUGCUUGUGGAGAGGUUCCUGAUACAACCAAACAGUCAAGCACCUGCUUAAGCAUGUGUUUAUGUGCUUGGGUAAAUUCAAGUACUGAUGGUUGAUGUCAGUGGGAAUUGACCGUAGUGGUGACAGAAGGAUCUAACCCCUAAUAUUUCACAGAACAGAAUAACUUGAAGUUUAAUUUAUAUCUGAACUCUUUCUUGCAAAAAUGGACAAUGGCUACAAACAGCUGCAAAGAAAGAGCUGCAAUAUAUGGAAAGUGGCUUAUCCUAGAGAAAACUGGAAGUACUGGUGUCAUUUCAUUGUAGGUUAAUACAUAGAUUUAUUUUUUUUUCCAUCAACUCUUGUUGCUGUUGAGUUUUAUUUCUUUUAACUGUUUGGUGGGGUUUGGCUUU